AGAAAUGUCACUAAUCUUACCCAACUCAACACCACCGUUCAUCAAUCCAUUAGAUGAAAUUUCAAAUCAAGAGACACUUGGACAUGUACCAUCGGACUAUGCUCAGAUGCUCCUUUAUGGAAUUUUCGCGCUAAUCGGACUUCCAGUGAAUAUCUCAACUUUGAUAUACAUGCUAAAACGGUAUCGACAUGCAAAGUCAUUCCUACUUCUUCUCCAUAUCAACCUGAACAUUUCCGAUAUUUUGGUUCUUGGUCUAUACGUGCCUGGAUUAAUUGGGUGGCUGGUGACUUUGGAAUGGCGUGGAGGCGCAUAUCUAUGUAAAUUCAUGAGAUUCGUUGACGCCUUCGUUUUUGCGAUCAGUUCAAACAUAAUGGUAUGUAUCGCCUUGUAUCGUCUCUCGGCUCUCCGUUAUCCUCUUUGGGUGAAUGCAGUCGGACACUCAAGAGUCCCGAGAAUGCUCAUUUUAGCGUGGGCUCUUGCGGUGGUCACAAUGCUCCCACAGAUGCUUGUUUGGAAUGAAGUUCAAUUCUCGAACAUAACUCAAUGUGUGACAGUUUGGACAGAAAUAAUUAAUAAACGGGAAAAAUUGAGUGAAAGUGAGCUUCGUAACAUGAAGCUCUAUUCAAUUCAAAAUGCGACCAUCAUUUUCUAUAUUCCGUUGAUGAUUCUCGUUGCUUGUUAUGUUCUAAUUCUGAAAGAUAUUUACAAGACUCUGAAUACGGACACCGAAUGCUCUUCAGCUGCAUAUCUUUCUGAAAUGAGCUCAUCAAAGACUGGAGGAAAAGCUGCUCUUCACAAGAAGGAUCAAGAGAGUUUUGUCACCCUAACUACUCGAACAGUUCGUGGACAGGAAAAGUUUCGUCGAGCAAAAGUUCGGAGCCUCCGAAUCACACUUUUGCUCAUUUUGACGUACGCUGUCACUUGGCUUCCAUACAAUUUGCUCUCCUGGUGGAUGGUUCUUCAUUGGGAUUCGUAUCGUGAGAAUCUGGAUUCCAACUAUAUUCUGAAUUCAUUGGUGGUUCUAAACAGUGUCAUUAAUCCAUUCAUUUAUGGAAGAUGCCAGGGGAUUCGAUUCUUGUUCAAGUGUAGAGAGCGAUUGGCUGCUCCCAAAACAAAGAAGAUUUGCAAGUUAUUGCAAAACUAAGGAGGAAUGGAGUGGGACAAAAUACGGGUCAAUAAACACAUCGAGAGGUGUAGAAUAAUUGAUAAUGCAUUUUCUGAAAAUACAAUAAAGAAUAAUAAUGAUAAUUUU